AUGUCGAAGCGUGCACGAGUUGCGGAUGUCGAAAUCUUCGAGACUUUCGCGUCCUUGUUACGCCAGAGCGCAUCACGAGUUGUGGAGAGAUUUAAACUCCAUCGGGCGAAUAACUCAGCGAGUGGUCUGAAUAGAAAUGCCAAUAACCGGGCUCCAUACUCUAGUGGUCGUUUAGGAAGUGAGUGGGUAGGAUCGAGGACCCCGCAAUCGGCGGGGGCGUCAACGGCUCCGAGGGCGACGAAGCCGAUUGACAUUCUCGUCAUUCAGUACUGCAUGUAUUACUUAGACCUCUCUGGUGCCCCACCAAAUCACUAUACUCGCCUUGCUCAGGAGGUUUUGACGGCAUCGCCAGAGCGCGUCCUCAUGUCGCGCUUUUUUACAGGUGUUCCUCUGCCUGUGUUGUGCGAGGGUCUGAUCGCCGAAUACCCCGCGGAAGCCAUCCAGGCGGCGCUGAAGGAGAUCGACGAGUACGUCGAGGUAAGAGCUCUUAUAGGGGAGUGGAUCGAUGAACACGCCAACGACGAGGAAUUUGAUGAGAUCGAGGAGGUCAUUGCCGACAGCCAUGCUGAGGUGUCCAAGGGUCCGUGGAAGGAGGAGGUGAAUAGCGACGAGGAAGCGGGCAGCACGGGCUUACCUAACAGCCACCAAGGUUACAUGCCGAAAAACGUCGCGCGCGCACCAGUUUUAUUAUCCACUUUAGGCCUUGCAUCCUUGCUACACCGUUCGUUAGAGUUUUGGGUACGAAUUCAAAAUUUUAUGCACGCCGCCUCACUAAGCAGUGCCAAGGCGCAUGCCUUUGCGCUCCAUCCGCGGUAUGAGAGCGACCUCAUGCAAUUGCUUCGGCGCUUAACCCUGCCGUUGUCUAGCGGGAAUUUUCUAUCUUCGCCAGUCCGCGCUGCCGCACCCGUUGCGCGUGGAUUUCGUUCUGCCGAUCUCAACGAUAAUCCCCAAGUCCUAGAGAUGGAAACCCCUUCCAUGGAAGAUGGGAUGAAAAAGUCCGAUGAGGAUGGGGCGGAAGGUGGGGGGAUCAUCCCGGAUCGCGCAAGGUUCGUUUACGAACCACCAGGCGAACCGACGGAGGUGGAACGCACACGAUGGGGUCCUUUUGAAGGCGAUCCCGAUCUCACCUCAAGGAGAACACCCCGGCGAGACGAUGGGGUGGAGACCCACGCCCAGAAUGUCGCGACGACGGUCUUAGCGGACACCUUAGCAUUAUCGCACUGCCCCCUUCCCUCCCCUGGUCCAACCCCCACACCUGCAGGGGAAGGAGUCCUGUCCGCGCAGGCCUCGCAACGACUGAAAGGAGGGGGGGUUCAUCCUUCCUUCUACACCAUGGUGCACGCCCGUCUGAGUUUUAUGGUCGCACGGGAUCGUCUUCAACUCUUUAGCCGCACCAUGGCCACCAACAACCCCCCUCCACUAACCAUCGCUCAACGUAGCCUCUAUGAGCAACAGCAACAACUCCAGGCGCAGCAGGCCUUUGGGAGGCCCCAGGACGACCAGUCUUUGGGCGUUCCUCUCGAGUACAUCCCCGACGAUAAUUAUUUUCGCAGCCUUCUCGAAAAGCACCAAGAAGGGCCCAUGGAUGAGGAUGAAGAGAUCUACAAGGAUGAGGUGGUGGAUUACUACUUGCGGCACCCCUGGCCCCAGCAAGGAGGGCCCCCGUCGUCACCCACCUCAGCGACGAAUACCGCGCUGCGUAGCGGUGGGCGGCGCCAACAGCCUCAGGGACCACCGGCCUCUCCUUUGAACCUCGUCAAACCGCAUCGCUUUUGCAAAGUCAAGACGGGAUUUACCUGGACGCAGUACAACCGCACGCACUACGACGCGCGUACGAACCCACCACCCCGCACGGUGCUCUGGUAUGAGUUCACCCUUUUCUAUCCUGCGCUGGCCAACACUAAGCGUGACAUGCGGAAUAUAUUUCACAUCGAAAACACACCCAAAGGUAUGGACGACGACUAUUGUUUGUUAGUCUUCAGCGUUGGCCCGCCGUACGCGGAUGUGGCGUACCGCAUCGUGCGAAAGCAAUGGGAUACUCGGCGUGGCGGGGUGCGGAUCUCGUUUGACUCCACAGGAAGGUACAAGCUAUUUUUCCGAUUCACGAAUAGCAACUAUCGGCGCUAG